GAGGGACAGAAUCACAGAUCUUGUAUCAGCAUCAGUUUUCUCACAGUUCUCACUUCGGAGAGAAUUUUCACUCCUCUUUUGAAUGCCAGUCAUCCUCUCUUCUCUAUUAGCACCUGUGCCAUGGAAUUAUCUCCUCCUCCAGUGGUAGGGGCUUCCUCUGUGCUGUUUCCAUUGGUGAUGAUUAUUGCUGCCGCAGGAAGAGCUUAAAUGCAUACAGCCACCUCCAGGUAAAAUGCCUGGAUGUGUAUAUGUAUUGUCUGUCUGUCUGUCCAUGACUUUGUGUGUCAGCUGCUCCAGAUGAAAUUCAAAAUACCCAUAAUGAACAGUUUACUGAAAUGGACAAUGGGAAAUUCUAGGUAUUUUUCUGAAAUUUUAACACUGCAGCCAGACCUUUGGCUUCUUGGUCCGUAAAGCCCAAAAUGUCAUUUCAGGACAAAAACCUUCAUCUUCUCCCAAAGAACUCAGCUUUCAUCCUAUUCUGUCAAAAUUUAGUAGUCAGGGAAUGGGAAAUCUAUGCCCUGAGUGCCAGGCAACAGCUCAGAAAGAGACAAGCCUUUCAGCAGCUCCUGAAAGCGGUGCACCUUUGUGCACCAGAGAGUCCUGGGGAGGCUGAGCACAGUGGGAGCACGUGAACAUCAUCUGUGGGGACAUCCAUCUGGUGCAAGAGGAGUGGGUGCUCCAGUCCCUCCUCAAGUUCCUUCCCUGUUUUAUGUACCUAUAAGAUAUAGUGCUGCGUGUAAGAUGGAUCCAUCCCACUGAGGCCCUGGAUCCAUCCCACUGCUGGCUGCUGGGGAGCUGAUCUGACAUGUGGGUGUAUCCAUACCCUCCCUCUUGGGCAGAGGACUGAAUCUGGCUUGUAUAUUGGAACUUGCAUAUUAAGCACUAAUAAUUUUCACAGCUCAAAGUUUUCUUGGGGACUCUUCUAAUUUUUCCCCAAAAUAAAGUAGCCACAGACAAAAUUUCUGGUAUGGAGAAGGCUGAAUGAGAAUUGUGCAAACCAUUUUAAAGUCAGAGGUUUAUUGCAGGCACAGGGCCAGCCAAUGCAGUCUAGAAUAGGGGACAUUUGGGGAGGCCACAGUUUUGGGUUUUGAUACCCACAUAAACAAUUGAGACAUUGCUAGGAAGUCCAAAGUGUAUUUGUAAAUCAUUGUGAAAUAUGCCCAUUCAUGAUUUCAAGCCAAACUAGGAAAAAAAAAUUACUGUGAGUUGAUUAUUAUCAUCAUUAACAGAGUAAUAAGUACUGUAAUAAGCCUUUUGCAUCUAUCAAUGUGCUAGAAGCCUUCAUCAAAUUAAGUUUUGCUGGAAACAGUAACUAUAUUUAAACAUGAAUUACCCUGUGUUAGCAAACCAGGCUUAGUCUUCCUCAGCAUGCCACUCCUGUGUCAAAAGAUCAUUAUUUGACUGCAAGGAAGGGGUGAAGGAAGGAGCAUUUGCUCUUGCCUCAGCUUGAGAAACUGAAGAACAGUAAAUAUAACUGAGGGCAUUAUGUUACAGUGCACAAUGCAGUAGAAGAAGUUGCAACCAUUAACCCCUGGUCAAAAACUGAAGGCUCAGAUUAAAAGGUCUGUCAGUUUUAGCCUUGCUAGUUGUUCUACUUUCAGAAGUAAAAGGUAGAACUUCAAAAAGGAUUUUAAAAACUAUUUACUUUGUUUCUCAGGAUAAAAGAAUGGCUAGCUUCUCAUUUGCAACAAUUACUGCCUGCAGGUUAGUGCUUUGAUUUGAGUUUUGAAUGCGCUCCAAGUCAAUAUGUCAAUAAAACUCUUUGCCUUCUUUCAGCUGUACUUGUAACUAAUGCCACUGUCAACUCUUGUCAGCCAACUUCUUGGAAAAGAUUUUCUGGCUAACUCCUUCCUUUGGAAAUUGGAUGGCUGCCUGCUCAUUCAUGUGGAGCCAUAGCACAAUAUUUGCUAUUGUUCUCUGACUUUGUUUUUAUUUUUAAUUUCUCAGACUCAUAAAUUAGCUUAUUUCCUCAGUUUGCAUUUUGUCCUUUCCCAAUAGGUUUAGCAUUUUAAAUUGUUGACACAUUAUAUAGCCUCCAUAAAGUGGGAAGCAUGUUCCGGGUCUGACACAAUCUCAGCUUCCUUGCUGCACUUUCAUGUUGAAACAAAUGGUCAUUUGCUUUAUUCUGUACCUAUAAAUGACAAUAUGAACAUAAGAUAGAGGAACAUAAGAUAUAAAACUUGAGCUCAAGCUGAAAGAAGUUUUAUUCGGUGUGCUGUUGUUUGUUACCAGCAGCAGAGAAAAUAAUACUCAAGAUACCUGUAUUCAUUCCCUGGUUUUAGAACAUAGGAGGGGUGUGUGUCUGAGUUACCUCUGGGAACCUCUUAGAACUUGUCAUACAGGAACAAGUCUUAAGAAACACAAAAUGUUUUGGUUCUUCCUCCAUCCCCAUCACUGCUACAGCUCCCUGUAGUCCAUAUGCUCACUGUGGAAAGACCCUUGUAAUCUGGAUCAGAUCUUUAAAACUGUACCAUCCCAUGUGAAGCAUUUGCCAGAACAAACUAAUUAAUUAUCUGCAAGAAAACAAAGCAUCCUGAUUAGCAGCAUCAACCAGACACUGGAAUACAAAAUCUAAUACUGACUGAAGCUGUUUCUUUAACAUGUUACUCCAGCAGCAUCUGUCUCACUGUAUUUCUUUUAGUCUAGUUUGUUCCUCCUCAUGCUACUUUGAAGAACAAUAGUGUUGCUAAUAUUCUUGUCCUUAGGUUCAGGUUGUGAUGUUGUGACCUGUCUUAGCUUUGGCCAGGGUGGUUUAGCUUUUAUAAACUGAAUGGUGACAAUGGGUCAACUUGCUGAUCUCAACAUAAAUUACUUCCCCAAAAUCAUACUUAAAACACCACACAAGAUUAUGUUCUACUCUUUUUCAUUUUAACAGUAGACUUUCAUUUCAAAGUGUGGUAGUCUGGAUUUGCCCUGGUCUCUGAUCCUGGUAGAUAACAGUGAAUAGCAGAAACAAACAGCUAUGAAGUAAAACACUGAUAGCCAGAAAGGUUGAUUGCAUUUUAUUAAUUUAUUAUUAGAUGAAAUUGCAAAAGCAGUGUUGGGACGGUGUAAAUAUAGACUAAAGUCCCUGAAGCUAGCAAUUUCUUCCACUUUGUGUCUGGAAAAUUAAGAAUUCUAAGAAUGGUGUAAUGAGCCAGAGCAAAGAUGAGCUUGGUGUAGGAAAUUCCCAGACUGCUUUUUCUAGCUCAGCCCUGGUCAAAGCAGGCAGCCUGCACUGCCCUGGCUGUGGUGGAGUACAGCAGCUACUCUUACAGCCACAGUGCUCAGUUCGGACUGAAACCACACAGUAAUCUUUUAGGGGUUUGGAAGCUGUGAAACCUCCUGAAAGCCAAGUGUGACAGGAAUAACAUGGUCCUUACAGACUGAAAAUGCCUAGGUCAAACAUAAACUGAGGUCAAUGGUGGGGUCUCCUUUAAGGUUGUACCUGUUUGCAGCACAGCAAGUUCGGCCCACAGCAUUGCACGUGUAGCUUCCAUGCAGAUAACACUUAAUAGUAGAGGGUUUUUUUCUUAAUCCUCACUCCUGCAAGUACUUGUUUCUGAGGUAUUCCUACCCUUGGCAAGUCUGUUUCUGAAGAGCCUCAUCAGUGAGGAGGGCUGCAAGGACCUGGCUGUAAGGCUGUCCCAUCUCGGGGAUCUGCAAGGAAUACAGCCUGUCUUCCCAUCUGGCAAAACACACGUCUUCAGGUGAGAGGAGGGAUCCUGCUGAAGUCCAUAGUGCCACACAGGACAGAACUGACGCCAAGCUGCUGCUCAGGGUGGGGCUUUAAGGCACGUCCAUCCCCGGCAGCCAGCAGGUAGGAUCAGGUGUUAGUCCUGCAGCUCGCCACCUGCUCUGUGGCUGCGCUCCCGCAGCUCCAAGGAGGAAUGGAUGUGAAAUUUGUCAUUGUUUUGGUUGUUCUACCACUCAUGGUUAGUCAGACGUCUGAGACUUUGUUCCCUGGGGCCUUUAACUGUUGCAUGAAAAUUUCAGAUGAAAUUCCCAAAGGAAUUCUCAGAAGAGUGGAGAGAUUUGAAAUCCAGAAAGCUGAUGGCCUGUGUCACCUAGAGGCUGUUAUUCUUCACAUGAAAGGCAAAAAGUUCUGUGUGAAUCCAUGGAACAGAAAAAUCAAGAAAAUGAUGAAGAAGAUGAAGCACAAGAUUCAUAGGAGCAAAUCUCAUACCAGAAAGCAGAGAAGAACCAGAAUUACCAAACAGAAAGAACAGAAGCAGCAGCAAAAUGAAGCAAGACCAUGAUGAAGAUACUGUGGCAUACAGCACUGUGGGCGAGGAUACCAGAUUUCACCAGUGAUGGAUGAUUGUAGGAUUAAAAUGACUUUUCAAAUCUCUUUGUGCUAGAGAAAGCAGAGGCAGAAAACAUCACCUGUACUCAGAACAAUGCUGAUCAGAUUAUCAGACAAAUGACAAGUUGUUCCUGGUAAUGCCUUGUAACAAGUACUUGCCAUACCUCCUGGAUCUUUUGGCAGACUUAAAUCUUCCUCUCUCUCACCCUGCUUUUAUGGCAACCUUCCCUGUGAUUUCUGCUUUAACAUACUGUUCCUUCUCAUUCCUCCAUUUUUACCCAGUCCUUUCCUUUUCCUUAUUCUUCCCUGCCAGUAAUCAUCUUUCUGCUGUUGCCUGUUUUGUUUACAUUCUUCUAGUCAUUAAUCUUUUUUCUUCAUCUUACAUAGUUUCACAAACACUUUUUCAGAUAGUUCCAGCUUGUUUGUCAACACCAUGUCUUUUACCUGUUCUAAGCAGUCUCUGCUCCCAGCUGUUAAUACCAUAAAAUAUAAUUUCAGUGGUAAUAUCUGAUCCUCUUCAUAGGAUUCAAAGUGUGCCACUCAGAGCUAUGCAAUAAAGAUCAUCUCUAUUGCUUUUGUUCAUUCAA